AGCCCUCCCUUGUCCCCCUCCUCCAGUCUGGCCUUGGGAGCAUGGGGUGUGGUAAUGGCACAGUAGUGACUGAGUUUGUUUUGCUGGGGUUCUCAAGUUUUGAAUCCCUCCAGGUGCCCCUGUUUUAUGGGGUGCUCUGCAUCUAUCUGGUGACCUUGCUGGGCAAUGUCCUGAUCAUCCUCCUCACACUGGCAGACCCUGCCUUGCACUUGCCCAUGUAUUUCUUCCUUCGCCACUUCUCCAUGGUGGAGAUCCUCUACACAACAACCACCGUGCCUCGGAUGCUGGUCGACCUCCUUUCCUCCUGCCCUACCAUCCCACCUGCCAGUUGCUUCACCCAGCUGUAUUUCUUUGCCCUCUUUGGCAUUGCUGAAUGCUGCUUGCUCACAGUCAUGGCCUAUGACCGCUAUGCUGCCAUCUGCCGGCCCCUGCAUUACACCACCCUGAUGAACCGGGGAGCCUGUGUGAGUAUGGUGGGGGCCUCCUACCUCAUGGGUAUCAUCACUGGCACUGCUCACUCCAUCUGCAUCUUCACCCUGCCCUUCCAUGGCACAAACACCGUCCACCACUUCCUGUGUGACAUCCUGCCUGUGCUGAGACUGGCGAGUGCAAGCACCUUCUGGGGUGAAGUGGGGAAUCUUGCUGUCACAAUAGCUUUUAUCGUGACCCCUUUCUUACUGAUCAUGGCCUCCUAUGCCUGUAUCCUUACCACCAUCUUUGGGGUCGCGACAUCCCAAGGACGUCAAAAGAUCUUCUCUACCUGUUCCUCCCACCUGUUUGUGGUCUUGCUUUUCUUUGGGACUGGGACUGUUGCCUAUAUGAGGCCCUGGGCUGAUGCCUCUCAGGACACGGAUCAGAUCCUUGGCUUCUUCUACACAGUGGUCACCCCCAUGUUCAACCCUUUUGUCUACACUCUGAGGAACAAAGAGGUGACUGGGGCCAUGAGGCGGCUGGUGAAGAGACACCUUUGGGGUCCAUGAUUCCCCUGAGUUCUGGAGUUAAGGGCCUGAUCCUUGGACAUGUUCGAGGAGGAGGAAAAUGCUGGCAAUUUGCAGUACCCAAAGCUCUGGCCUGCUCUGUGUUGUCUGAGUGUGGGGUCCCCUGUACUGCUCAGCUAAAGGGCCAAAAGCACCAACCUGCUGCUCAGAGCUCUUCCUCUGGAGCCUGUUCUAAUGGCCUUGACUUGACUUGUUCGUAGGGGCAGAGCUGGGGAAGGAUGCACCUGAAGGGUGAUUGAGGAGGGAAUGUGGAUGUGAUGAUCUUGUGUGAUGAGUAAGCAAUUCCUGGUUUUUCCUGAGGCUCAGGGCACCCUCCUGGAGCUCUGAUUCCGGGAGACAUUGCUCUACCUCCUUCUGCCAGAGUCUGCUCUACAAGCCUUUGUCUCUCAGCUGUGUUGGGUGCAACAGGAGCUUCUUUACUCCAGGAGCAAAGUCUGGGCACUGGGCGGCAGGCAAGGAACAGGAGCAGGGAGUAGUUGGUCUGGCUUUGGCAGUACAAACACUGAGUCUAGGUUGGUGCUGCUUUGGAUCUGGAGGCACCUGUCCAGUUGCUCUGUUCCUGACUUACAACUUGCCUCCUGGGAUCACUGAGGUGUUGGU